CGGAGUGGGAGUAGGAGAGUUUAUAAGGAAACACCGACGUAAAACAAGUAGUUCUACUAUGGCUUGGGAGAAGAAGAUCCAAGCAGCUUUUGGAGACAUGUGAACUGAGUUUAUGUCCCAUGAAGAUUUCAACGGACCCAUGUUUGGUGAAUAUGGCACAUUUUUACCUGUUUAUGUGCGGCAUCCUUCUGCAAGCACUCGCUCAAGAGAUCAGGCUUGCCCUGCCUCAAACCUUCCUCGCAAGGAGGUAGGCUAUGGAGAUUACAAUACCAGACAUGACCCUCAUAUCCUGAAACUAGGUGCUGCAGGUGAAUAUGGUCAUGAACAGAAGAGUGAUGACACAACCACGAGCUCGGACAUAUCCUAUUAUCCUGCAGAUUGUUUUGAUGGUAGUUUGGUAGGAUUUACUCUAUAUGAAGCUAGGAAUCUGAGAAGUUCGGCUGAUCGUUUGAAGGCUAAUGGUGAUGAAGUUGAGAUCAGUGAGAUCUACCUGCAUGCAGGAUUAAAAUUUUUGAAAGGUGCAUGCUUGCUAGAGUGCCUCACAAUUCCAAUAACGAGACCAAGGAAUGCUCCAGUUACAUUUCGUAGCUACAAUGAUGCAGCAAAUCUUUUCAAGUAUUGUGCAGAAACUAAUGAAAAGAAUGGAAAAACUGAAGUUGCUGCUCUUGCAUACAAGUGCAUGGAGGUGGCAUACUUAAGAGUUGCCUUUGCACUGCAGCAUGUUUGUUCAAGUAGCCAAAGUACCUUAUAUAAGGGAGAUACCAGGAUGUCAUGGAAUUUCGAACCAAAGAAUUAUAAUGCAUCUCAUCUAAAGCAGCUCCUCAGCAUUCCGCUGCAUGCUACUGCUGCAAUGGAUGCAUCCAUGAGAUCUCGUCGUGCUCUGGAACAUGCUAUCAAACACCACUCUUGCACCGACGGACAUGAAACCGGGAGCUUGUCAUCAGUGAAGAAGGCUCUUGAUUUCAGUUUUUAUGAUGUGGAAGAGUUCGUUCGCCUGAUCACAUUCUCACUCAAGAAUGUAGGGAUGUAGCUAGAGCAACAAUUUGAGAUCUGAUAUAUUAAAAAGCAAGUGUAUAGCAUCCAUGGAUUUCUGUGCAGAACAGUUGCAUAACAUUUUUUACCUAAAUGUGUCAAUAUAUAUACUUGUAUAGCUUUGCCGGGUCAGGACAGAGGAACAUUCCCUCUUGUAAUUAUUGUCUUGAAUAUAUUUUUUUCCAUUUUUGUAUUCA